AUGGCGGGCAAGGGCGAAGCCGCGUCGCCUUGGGGCUGCUGUGCUCCACGGCCGGCAUCGGCAUGGCCUCUCCUCCGUCGCUGGAGCUGGAAGCAAGCGUCGCAGGCUCAGGUCAGCUUCCCACUCGCAUGCCCACCAUGUGCUUGUGCUUAUGCUUAUGCCCACCAUCAGGCGCCCUUGUCCAUCCCUGCAUCCGGCCACGGGAUGGCCGAGACCGCCCUCGGCGCCGCACAAUGGGUGGUGAGCAAGGCGCUAGCCCCCUUCGCGGAUGGCGUGCUGGAGGCUUGGGCGGCCACCAGGACAUUUGGCCUCAACAUCCAGGCCCUCAAAACUGAACUGGAGAAGGUGCAGGCCACGCUUGAAAUAGCCGCCACCAAGGAGCUCCCCGGGCUGGCCACGGAGAAGAUGCUGCAGAAGUUGUGGGACUCGGCGCACAAUGCCGAGGACUUGCUGGACGAGCUGGACUACUUCCGCAUCCACGACGAGCUCCACGGCACGUACGACGCUGCCGACCAGCACGGCGACGAUGCCCUCCGCGACCUCGCCUUUGAUGCUCGCCACACCAUCAAAGCUCUUGGCAAACUGGUCAACUGUUUCCCAUGGCAGCGUGCUGAGCUCCAGCAGAGGCCAACCAGCAUCAUCCAGGAGUUCAGCGGAUGCAUGCCCAGCCUCGGUAAACUGCUCCUUUCCUCAUGUUCCCCACAUCCACAUGUUCGUGGUGAUGAAGAUCGUGGCAUUGCGCAAGAAACACCGAUGCCUGAGUUUAACAGGGCUGAUUUCUCCCAAAGGAUGAAGGACACUGUAGAGCAACUAAAGCUUAUGCGUAUUGAUGUUAAGGAUAUUCUGCAGACUUGUGGCCACAGAACUGUCCUAGACAUUUCCCAGCGUCGUGCCACCACCACACCUCAGAGUGCAGAGCCAAAACUGUAUGGGAGGGACCAUGUCAUGAAUAAUAUCAUACAUGAUAUCACCGAGGGUCAAUACUGUGACAAGGGUCUAACCGUGCUUCCGGUUAUUGGUCCGGGGGGAAUGGGGAAGACAACCAUGAUACAACACAUAUAUAACAACCAACAAGCGCAGAAUCAUUUUCCAGUCAGGAUUUGGAUAUGUGUGUCGUUCAAUUUCAACCUGGAUAAGGUGCUGGAGCAGAUUAAAGAAGAUACCCUUGCGGUUGAAGGUGAGAAUGGGUGUAGCACAACACAAGAGCUGAUUGAACACAGAUUGAAACACAAAAGGUUCUUACUUGUAUUGGAUGAUAUAUGGCAGUUUACUGAUGUGGAUGACUGGAAAAAACUAUUGUUGAUACUCGGCAAGUCACAAGAGAAGGGUUCCGUGAUUCUAGUCACAACUCGGCAAAAAGAAAUAGCAGACCAGGUUAAGAAAAGUGCAGAGCCAAAAGAACUGAACGGUUUAGAACCUGGAGAGUUUAAGAAGUUAUUCCUUGUAUAUGUCUUUGAUGUUGAGCAAUGUCCAGGGGAUAAACGUUUUUUGCUUGACACUGGAGAUAAGAUAAUGGGAAAACUGAAGGGCUCCCCUCUUGCAGCAAAGACCGUUGGUAGAUUACUGAGGACAGACCCUAGUUUGGCUCAUUGGAAAAGGGUCCUAAAUAGCAAACAAUGGGCGAAACAGUCCAAUGGAAUUAUGCUUGCCUUGGAGCUUAGCUAUGGCUUUCUCCCUUUCCAUUUGCAACGGUGUUUUUCCUAUUCUGCAUUAUUUCCUGAAGAUUACCGUUUCAGAAGCCGUGAGCUCAUCAGCCUAUGGAUCGGACUAGAUAUUUUGACACCUUCUGAUCAAAACCCAACCUUUGAAGGCAUAGGUCUGAGCAUUUUGAAUGAUCUAGUCAUCCAUGGAUUUUUCAGAGAAUAUAAAACUGAUGGUGGUCUGCGGUAUGUUAUGCAUGACCUACUGCAUGAGUUGGCAUUGAAGGUUGCAUCACAUGACUGUCUUCGUCUUCGUCUCCCUGAUGUUGGAUCGGUAGAAAUUAAGCCAUCCACCCGACACUUGUCUAUAAGCAUAGAGAACUUGGGUGGAUAUAAUGGUCAAAAAUUAAAGAGGGAAUUGGAAAAACUGAAGACAAGAUUGAAGGUUGAACAUUUGCAAACACUGAUGUUAUUUGGAGCAAUGGAUGAAGGUUCUGCUAAGAUAUUUGGUGAUUUUCUCGGGGAAGCAAAUGCUCUUCGUGUUCUUUAUUUGCCCCUCCUGAAGUAUCCCGUGGAGUCCAUGGUACAUAAUUUUUCAGGACUUGUCCACCUACGAUUCCUAUGUCUAGGGUGUUUACCAAUUAACAUCUCUAAAUUUUAUCAUCUAAGGGUUCUAGAUCUUAAGUCAUGGUCUAGCAGUGGUGAUUUUCCUGAAGACACAAGCAACCUUGCAAAAUUGUGCCAUUAUUAUACCCCAAGAGAUGAUAAGCUUCAUUAUGAUAUUUGUAAUGUGGGAAAAAUUCAGCUCUUGGAAAAGUUGAAGGUAUUUCGGGUCAAUAAAAAAAAUGAAGGAUUUGAACCAAAGCAACUAGAGCCACUGACCAAGCUAUGGGAGCUUGGCAUCUACAACCUUGAGAAAAUACAUACAAAAAAAGAAGCAGCUCAAGCAAAACUGAUUGAGAAGAAAUACUUGAGGAGGUUAACAUUGGAUUGGGAUAGUAAGCGAUCUAGUGAUGAGCCUGGUGUGGAAGCAAUGGUUCUUGAGUGCCUUCGACCACAUGAAAAUCUUGAAGUGUUGUGCAUUAGAGGGCACAGAGGCCCCACUUGUCCAAGAUGGCUGGGUGAUGAGCUUGCUGUUGAAGCUCUACAAUUUCUUCGUCUUGAUGGUGUUUCUUGGAAGGUUUUCCCUUCUUUACGGAACAUGGGGGAUCUUUGUGAGCUUGAGAUACAAGAUUGUCCAGAAUUCUCGUCUGUGAUUCCCACCUCCUGGAUUGAGAGUUUGCGUCGCGUCUCGAUUGAAGGUGUCAAGCUACUAAAGAGGUUUGCAUACUCAAAAUCAUCACAUGGAGCACAACUGGAAAUCAUUGGAUGGGGUGAUCUGCAAAGGUUAGACCAAGUGUUAGUUUUCGAUAAAGAAACAGGUCUUGAGAAGCUGACACUCGAGAGAUGCCCACCUUUGGAGUUGAAGCACCUUCUGAUGCUAACCUCGCUGAAGACACUGAUUUUAAAGCAUUCAGCUGGUCUGGCUGGUCUGGCUGGACUACUAGGAGGUCAGGGUGAUGUGGAAUGGCAGCUCCCUGUUGAGCACAUCGAGAUCUGCCACUUACAUGGUAAUAGUUGGAAUGAAUUGACAGAGCUCUUCCCACACCUCCCAAAGCUCUCCAAAUUGGAGAUACGGGAUUGUAAAAACAUAAAACAGCUGGUAGUGGGGGUGGAUCUGCGACAAACAACACCAGAGAUGGGGGGAGGUGAAAUAACAGCAGCAACGGAGGAAGAGGACGAUGGAGUACUGCUCUUCCCAGCUCAUCUCUGUAACUCACUACAGAAAUUGAAGUUAUUUUCAUGCCCAGAGCUGGUCCUGGUGGACCCGCCAACUCUUGUUCCUGGAGGAGGAUGGCUCCAAGCCUUGCGAUCCCUCCAGAGAUUAAGCAUAAAGUAUUGCCCAAAGUUUCUAUCCGCCUUCUCGUUUUCCACUCACAUUUUCCCUUCCUCCCUGCAAUUCCUGGAGCUUACGAAACUAGAAGGGAUGGGGACACUAGAGCCUCUCUCAAACCUUUCUUCUCUUACCAGAUUAGUAUUGGAAUUUUGUGGAAAGAACCUGAAAUGUCAGGGACUGCGGUCUCUCCUUACCACCGGCGGCCAGCUCAAGGAAUUGGAUGUCAGGGGCAGCCAUGGAUUCUUUGCUAAUUGGGAUCCAAAUCCCAGACGGGCUUUGGAGGAUGUUGAAGGAGGACAAGAGCAGCCAACACAGCUUGUUUCAUCCACGCUGCGGAAGCUUUGCACAGACGACGCAGCUGGACUCCUUGCUGCACCCAUCUGCAGCUUCCUUUCUUCCUCUCUCACCAAGCUGAAACUUCAUGGGUAUGAGCCUGAAGGGAUGGAGCGCUUGAGCAAGGAGCAAGAGGACGCCCUUCAGCUCCUCUCCUCCCUCCAGAAACUUGAGUUUAGGCAUUUCCACCAUCUUCAGCAAAUCCCUGCAGGGUUGUGCAACCUUACCAGCCUCAAGAUGUUAUCAAUCAACCACUGUCCUGCCGUCUCGUCAUUGCCCAGCGAUGGCCUCCCCAAGUCACUGGAAAAGCUAGAUGUCUAUGACUGCAGCGAGGUGCUAAAACGCCAGUGCAGGUGUUCUUGUGCUUCUGAUGGAUGUCUGAAGCUUGUCCCCUGUUUAUCCCAUAAUCAUGGUGGUAUUCAAGGAGUGCCACACUCGUACUCGAUGGCUCCAGCAAUGUGUGCACCUGAAACACUGCAGAACAUUGAUUCAUGUGAGUAUGCUUGCUGGAGCCAUGCUAAGGAAGAAGUAGAGUGA